CGGACGUUCACAAGAAAUCCUCUAGAGGGCGGUAUUGGGUCGUAUGAAAUUGCCGCGGGUUCGAUAAACAUGGCGUCUAUUGAAGAGGUUACCGUGCUUUAUCUGCUUUGGCAGCAUUAUAAAAAGAACAAAAAAACUCGGCGCACUAGAAGAUGGGGCGUGCGACCACUUAAUUUAACUCGACUGGAGGAUGGGGAAUUUGUGUCCCUGGUGUUGCCAAUGCGUGAGAAGGAUCCAGAAAAGCACUUCGGAUACUUCCGAAUGUCAGUAGCGACCUUCGAUUGUCUACUCGCCCGGGUCAUGCCCUUCAUACAGCACGGGGAAAGUCACAGGUCACCGGUGGGCCCGAUGGAGCGUCUGGCAGUGACCUUGCGGCACUUGGCACACGGCAUCUCGCAGAAUGCUCUGGCAGGCAGCUACAAACUGGGCACAGCGACGGUCUGUCAAAUAGUCAAGGAGGUGUGUCUUGCUUUGUGGGCAGUGUUGCAAGAGGAGGUGAAGUUCCCCACCAAUUGGGAACCAAUCCGCGAUGGCUUUUGGGAGCGGUGGAACUACCCGAACUGCGUCGGAGCCAUCGACGGAAAACAUGUUCGAAUCAAAGCGCCAGCCAAGAGUGGGAGUAGUUUCUUCAACUACCGGGGCUAUUUCAGCUUUGUGCUUAUGGCGGCUUGUGACGCGAAGUACAGGUUUACCUAUGUACAUGUUGGGGCCCACGGUAAGGAGAGCGAUGGUGGCGUCCUCUCCAGGAGCAAGUUUGGCAAAAAGUUGAUCGACGGUUCCCUCCCACUGCUGCCGUGCGCUCCUCUGCCAGGGACAGAUGUGUUGACCCCUCCUGUUUUCGUCGCGGAUGAGGCUUUCCCGCAAAAGAUCAACCUGAUGCGCCCAUAUCCAGGAUCUCAACAGCUGUCUCAUGACCAAAAGGUCUAUAACUACAGGCACAGCAGAGCCAGGCGGGUGAUUGAGAACUCUUUCGGCAUUCUUGCUGCCCGGUGGAGAGUGAUGGCCCAUGCCAUUGAGUCCUCUGUGGAGACAGCAGAGGUAGUGACCAAGGCCUGCAUCGCUCUUCAUAACUUCCUGGCCAAAGGAGAUGAGGGCCUGCCAGAGGAAAGGCAGUACAUCCCCCCUGGAAUGGCUGACAGGGGUGGGGUGCCUGGAGAGUGGAGGGUGAUUGUUCAGCAAGACACCAACCUCACACCGGCUCGUCGCAUUACAUCAGCGAGGUCCACCCAGGAUGGGUUGGCUGUGAGGGAAAUCUUCAAAGAGUAUUUCCAGACAGACCAGGGAAGGCUGGAGUGGCAGGACCAGCAUGUGCGUCGCGGCACACUUCUUAAUAUUUGAUCAUGAAAUCAUUACAUAUUAUUCCCAUUAUUGGAAAGUCAAUCAAUUGAAUUUGAAUGUUUUUUAAAAUAAUAUUUUCUAUGCAUGUACUAACAGGUGACAACACUAUCUGAUUAUUGAUAUAUAUUUUAGAAAAUGUGAAAAGAAAAUGUACUGAUUACACUCUGCGCCUUACUGGUUACACACCUGGUUACACAUCUGUUUAAGAGGUGGUGUUUAACUUUUUUUCAACUUUGUGCUCCCUGGGACCUGCUGCUUUGCCAAUGAAUUGUUAAUGUCUUGUUACGCGAAUUGAAUGAAUGAAUUGUUAAGUUAAUGUUAAAAUGUAAUGGUAAGACAUCUUAAUAAACAGUGUUAUUACAAUACCUGUCUACUACCUAUGAUGAUACUUUACAUGAAAACAAUCAAAUGGUAGCCUACUACAAUGUUUGUUUAUUAAUAAUUUAUUAAAGGGAUACCUUUUCCAAAAGGAGUGGGGAUGCUGCUAGGAGGCCAGAACAGGAGCUGGCAUGGUUAAAGGUCCAUAUAAAAUCACAGGGAAAAAAACAGGUGCUAUGAAAGCACAAGACAUGUUGAAUACACGUUCAAGUAUUACACAUUCGCAAAACAUUCAGAACAACACAACAGCGGUGUGUAAAGUGCAACAUAAAAUAAAGUAAUAAAGUGCAACAUAACAUAAAAUAAAGUGAAUACGAUCAGAACAGAAUUAACUUCAAACUUCAAACAGCAAAAACAAAAACAACAACUUCUUUCCCCAAAAGGGAUUAAUUGUAAGACAGCAUCAACUGUUGAAUUUCCUUCACCAGCUUCUUGCCAUCAGCUGGUGGGAGGUCAUGAAGGAAAGAGUUCAGAUAGUUGGUGAACGAGCUGAACAUAUCCCUCUGUUGGGACUCCUGGCGCAGCUCCGCAAGCCUGCCAAGCAGGGCAGCACCAACUGGGUCAACGUCGUCCCUCUUCCUUUUGGGUGUUCUCGUGUUGUGGGAUGCAGGCCUUGGUGUGGGUGGACGGUGUGUGGGUGUCUGUGGUGUAGUACCACCUUCCUCCUGUUG